AUGUGGUGGCUGUACCAGUUUCACUUCACCUGCAUCUCUGUUCGACUUUCUUUCGCAAUGAUUGCAAAGGUAGCAAUUGCAGUGGUGGGUGGUUUUCUAGGAUGGAUUUAUACACGAAUCAAACCACCACCUCCUAGGGUUUGUGGAUCACCUGUUGGCCCUCCUAUUACUUCACCUCGAAUCCAACUUAAUGAUGGAAGACAUCUAUCUUACAGAGAGUGGGGUGUCUCCAAAGAUAAAGCCAAGUACAAGAUCAUUGUCAUUCAUGGCUUUGAUAGCUCCAAAGACAUGAAACUCCCAAUUUCGCAGGAACUUAUUGAAGAGCUACAAAUUUACUUUCUGUCAUUUGACAGAGCAGGAUAUGGAGAGAGUGAUCCGCAUCCAAAGCGUUCAGUCAAAAGUGAAGCAUUUGAUGUUCAAGAAUUAGCUGAUAAGUUACAAAUCGGUUCCAAAUUCUACAUAAUUGGACUCUCAAUGGGUGCAUAUGCUGUUUGGAGUUGCCUCAGAUACAUUCCACACAGGUUGUCAGGAGUAUCACUUGUGGUGCCAUUUGUUGAUUACUGGUGGCCAUGUUUGCCUUCUGAUUUGGCUAAAGAAGUGUUUGAGCUACUUCUUGUUCAAGACAGGUGGACAUUUCGUGUGGCACAUUAUACCCCAUGGCUGUUUCAAUGGUGGAUGAAUCAGAAAUUGUUUCCUUCUUUAAGCAUCAUGGCUGGAAACAUGAAUAUAUUUUGCCAACCAGAUUUGGAGUUCUUGAAGAAUCUGCCACCUAACCCUGAUGAUAAUACUCAGGAAAAGACACGUCAGCAAGGUGUUUAUGAGUCUCUGUAUCGUGAUAUAAUGGCUGGUUAUGGAAAAUGGGAGUUUGACCCGAUGGAUAUAACUAAUCCAUGGCCAGAUAACAAUGGUGCUGCUCAUAUUUGGCAGGGUUUUGAAGAUAAAAUCAUACCAUAUAAAGUGAAUCGGUUUCUUUCUGAAAAAAUUCCUUUUAUUCGGUAUCAUGAGGUCAAAGGUAAAGGCCAUUUUCUACCUUUUGAAAGCGGUAUAUGCGAAGAAAUUUUUAGGACACUUUUAGUUGGAUGAACAAUAACACUCGCCAAAGGGUUAUAUGUAAUAUCCAAAAUUGCAAUAAUUAUCACAAAGUCAUAUUAAAUCUCGGUUUUUAUGUUGGUAUAAC